AUGGCAUCCAAUUACUGGGAGUCGACCCAGCGGCGGUUCUGGACCUUCACCAAGCAGCAGCUGGCACUGGAGCGAAAGAAGAUGGAAGAGGCGGAACGCAACUUGGUCAACCUGUACCCGCUGCCAGACAGACGCCAUCUGAGCAUCUACUUCUACCAUCAACUGUCGAAGAUGGCCAGGCCGCUCGGCAUCCGACAGCAGGCCCUGGCAUCAGCUCAGGUCUACGUGCGGCGCUUCUACGCCAAAGUCGAAAUCCGGAGGACAAAUCCAGCACUAGUCCUCGCGACUGCUCUUUACUUGGCGUGCAAAAUGGAAGAGUGUCCACAGCAUAUCAGAAUGGUGCUGGCCGAGGCGCGACACUGCUGGGACACAUCUUUCAACGACAUCUCUAAGAUCGGCGAAUGCGAGUUCAGCCUGAUAUCAGAGAUGAACUCACAGCUCAUCCUACACCACCCCUACCGCAGCCUCAACGAGCUGCAGACGCAGUUCCAACUCACACAGGAAGAAAAUGCGCUUGCCUGGUCCAUCAUUAAUGACCACUAUCUCACCGACCUACCUUUGCUGCACGCACCACACGUCAUCGCCAUCACGGCCAUGUUCCUCGCUGUGGUGCUGAAGCCGACACAGGGCGGGCUGCAGAUGAGCGCUGCAGGCACGGCGAACGCACUCCAAGCAUUGGGAAACGCAAGGGGUAUCGGGGGAGCGGGUGCCCAGAGCAGGGUGCAGAAGCUAGUGGACUGGCUGGCAGAGAGCAACGUGGAUAUCGAGGCUGUUGUGGAAACGACACAGGAGCUGAUCAGUCUGUACGAGGUCUGGGAGAGCUACACAGAUAAGACGUGUAAGGAUCAGAUUGCCAAGUUCGUCAAGGCAAGAGGGCUGGACAAGUGA